AUGGCGAGCCUGUGGCUUGUGUUUUUUUUGGCCUUCUUGCUGCUACUGGUGUUCUUGAAGCGCAGCUGGUCCCUUUUGAGGCCGCGCAGAGGAUGGUGCAGUUCGCACCUUGAGUACGCCUUGGCUUUGCGGUCUGCGCUGGUCUACGUGGCCAUCGGUGCAGUGCCGUUGCUGUUUCCCUGUUCAGAAAGGUCUGCCAACGCGUCACUCAAAGGCUGGGACAGAUGCCCAGCAAGCAGCUACAGCUUGGUACCGACCAACAUCAUGCGGAUCUAUCAUCAUCUUCCCUUCUGGUAUUCCUUCUUGGUAACCCCGCACCUUGGCAGCCUGGUCAGUGGCAUCUAUGAUGCGCUGCUGGGCGCUGCAACUGGGCUUUGCAUGGCGAGCCUCCUGAACCUGAUCAUGCCUGGUGGUGCAGGUGGCGUCAACUAUUUACCUGAAGAAUACUUCAGCAAGGCCUGGUUGCCAUUUGGGUACCACAGCUUGGGCGCCAUCGCCUUCGCCGUGUGCUCAACAUACGCCCUUUUCUUUAGCUCCACACCUGUAGGCCAGAAGCAAUACGCGUUGGGAGUGUUUUCAGAGUUUCUGAUUCCAUUCAUGAAUCCUCGGACGACAUCUGGCUUCCGAGCUGUCCUGUGGGAUUGGGAAUUCACCUGGAACUGGAACGGAAUUGCCAUGUGUGGCUUCUGGCUCGUUGCCCUUGCCGUUCUGUUGGCCAUCCCAUCUGUUGGUCUCCUCCCCUGGAGCCGGGAAUCUGUGCGCAGACACAGCUGUCUGUGGUGUGCAGCUACUGAGUUGGCACAGCUGGCAGAGGACACCGCCGGCUGCUUGGAGUACCUGAUGACGAUCCUCCAGCAAGAAGCUUGGAAGUUCUCCUUCCACGCUGACAGUUCCAACUUCUACAUCCGGCAGCUGGGAAAGCGCCGGACGACUGCUGAGGCUCUCUUGGAGCAGGUCGUUUGGGAGUCCUGGGCAUCCGCUCCCAUGCGGGUGCAACACAAGCAUCUGCGGCAGGUAGCUGCUUUCCUGCGCCAGCUGCGCCAACUCCUCCGCAUCCAGAGCGGCUUGAUGCGGUAUCUUGGGCAGUCUACUGCAAAGGGCGAGCAGCAGCUAGUCGAGGACUUCGUGCUCGCCUGCAGCGAGGGCCUUGCCGCGGUAGCUCACGACUGCCGGCACAAGGCGGAUCUCAGCUUGGAGACGCGUCAAGAGCUUCAGCGCCUCGCGAAGAAGGCAGACGAAGUCUUGUGCAAGGCGCUGGCGAAGCAUGCCAAACCUGAGAAUGCAUCUUCGGCUGAAAUGGCCUUCCUUGACCAGCUGCGCUCCUGGCCCGCCACCUUCAACGACUUUGAAUCGUGCCAUCAGGAUGCGGCCCCAGGUGGGCAGAAGGACUCGAGAACCCGCCACUGGUUUGCUCUCCGAAACACCGUCUCCUGGACUUUGGCUCUCCUUUGGUCCGUCUAUUCCCGGGACUACAGCAUGGGUUGUGUGGUUGCCACAUCCUUUAUUUUUUCGGAGACAUCUGGCUCCUCCUUUGACACGAACAUGAAUCGGAUUCUGGGGGUCGGCAUGGGGCUGGCUGUGGGAAAUGUUCCCGCCAUCUUGAUUCUGAGUGGGACUGGGGCAGAAGCAAACCUCAGCCUCACUUCCACCUCCUCCUUGCUGCGCAUCUUUGCAUAUUUCGUCGUGAUGUUCAUCAUGUGGACGCUGGCAAUGUAUGGGUAUCUGGCUCCGGGCUCCAAGUACUACCGGGCCUGUCUUCUCUGGGUCGGCUACGGCGGGGUGCAGAUGCUGAGGCACCUCCCGCAUUUUGACCAGCCCGAUGCCGAGUUGUUCAUGGCGAUCCUGGACAACAUUGUGGCCAUCAUGGUGGUCUUCAUGGUGGACAUGGUCUUUGCCUAUGUCCAGGGCAACAGCACCGAGGAGCAGGUCAAGGCAGCUGUGACGCGUUGCGCUCAGCACGUUGCGAGCGCCAUCGAGGCGCUGAAGGUAGGCAAGGUGACGGACUUGGACCUUGACCCGCUCCAGAAGGACAUAAAGGUCGCUCGGUUCUGGGACUCGGAGAUCCAGAAAGAAGGCCUCAUUUGGACCAGACUCUGGCAGCCGCCAUACAAGGCAGACUCUGUCCCGACACUGCUGGACCAUUUCGAUGAGGUCUAUGUUUGGGUCUCAGCACUGCAGAACAGCGCCAAGCGCUGUGAAAGCACGAAGCACGCGGCCAAGUUGGUGAAGGACAUUUUGCCCUCCAGUGAGGCGGACCGAUGUCACACCUUCGUCCGAGCAAUCAAGCUAGUGCUCCAGGGCUUGGACGAGUCGCUACAUGAGCUGCACCCUUUACUGGAAGAGCCCAAUCAGAAGAUGGGCCUCGCGUUUAUGUCCUCUCAAAACCUUUGCAACUUGCUUCAAGGGGAAGCCACCCCCUCUUCCACCAAAGCUGCUUUCUCCCUUCUGGAUGGCAUCAACCUCUUCGACGAUGCCCACGAACGCGCUCCCGAAGUGGCCGCCGGCGAGGCGGUAAAGUGGAGCGCCAAGGCCCUGCGCGUCACCCUGCAGCGGAUCGGGGGCCUCAUCGCAGCGGGCUCUGCCCUGGCAGCACGAGACUGGCGGGCCCACCGGGCCCAGGCGCGUUCUGGGGCCGAGGUGGCCGAGGCCUCCUUGGACGACCUGGAUGCCAACUCCCUGCUCACCGUGCCGAGGCUGCGGCAGCGCUUGAGGAAGUCCCAGACCAGCAUGUUUUAA